CGGGCUCGACCUUGCAGCUCGCGCAGUGUCGCGCGGUUCUCAUCCAUUUUGCGCGUGCCCGCGCAUCAAUCGAAAGUUCGCGCGCCCUUCUGCCUUCACGUGCUCGUUCCUCGGCCGUGUCCCCUGUGAAGUGCGCAAGCCACCCGCCCCCCACGCCGGCGCUCUCGUCGACAAGCCGAGACGACUGACGAGAUCUCGUCCACAGUCCACACCACACACACACAUUAAAAUAUCCCUCAGUCUACGGAACGGCGCAACUCUGUCGUCAUCGUCGGCACGGGGCGUCGUGUGCAAAAACGUAUAGCUCAACAUUCUGCUCUGGCAUCAGCACAAUCUCGCGCGUGAAACUAUGCAAGUUCUCCAGCCGUUUUAAGUAAUUCCUAUCUCUUUGGAAUUACCCAUCGCCGCCGGAGUAAGAGUGCAGCAAGAGAACGAGAGAGUCGGUGUCGCGGUGACCCCGACGCAACAGAGAAGAGAAGACACCGCGUGGAAGACGUUGCUGGUGCAGGCGUCGUCCCUUCGUCGACACCUAGAGUCAAGAAGUAAGCGAGCUAUCGAAACGCAACGAAUGUUCCUCCAAUCCGGAGCAGUACUUGCACCCUUUGAGACGCCGAAGAGCCAAACCGGAACCAAGGCCUGGUCGACGAGCAGUGCCGAGCACCGCUCGCCCGGACUAUCUGCGUUCUGACUGAUUUUUGCGACACAGUCACCGAAAACCUCCAUCAUUCCGUCAAUCACCGAUCAAGGGCCCGCAGGGUGGCGAUCGUUCGACAAGGGUUCCGUUUGCGAUAGGCUGGUCGACCAGUCUGUUGGGUGUUUGAGCAACAGCGGCAACUGGAAGUUGGCCCUGAACGCAGAGCCCCCGUGGCUUUGCUAGCACCCCUAACAGAGAAUUCGUAUCACCUCGCCUCCACACGACUCUCAUCAUUUUAAUUGACAGCUGCCUCUUUGCUGCCUAGCUACCACAGAGUUUUAUAGAUUAUUAUUAUUAUUAUUAACUCCUCCAAAAAAACAAUCAAAAUGAAGGUUACGAAUCUGGACGAACGCAUCCACGUAUUGGACAACAACUCCAGUUUGAUGACCGUAAUCAAGGACAUCGCUAACAGUGGCUUGCAAGAAGAAGCUUUUUAUGUACUGGACGUCGGAGACAUCGUACAAAAACAUCAAAUCUGGAAGGAGAAAUUGCCACGAGUCGAUCCCUUUUAUGCCGUUAAAUGCAACGACAGUUUGACUGUAUUGGAGGUACUUGCUUCACUUGGCGUGGGCUUUGAUUGUGCAUCUAAAAAUGAGAUUAACAAAGUUUUGGAUAUUGGCGUCGAUUCAUCGCGAAUUAUUUUUGCAAACCCUGCCAAGCCUGCUUCGCACAUACGUCACGCUGCCGCCGUCGGAGUUGAUCUCAUGACAGUCGACAAUGAAAGCGAAUUGCACAAAAUUAAGAAGCUGUUCCCUACAGCUAAGGUUGUUCUCCGUAUCCGUUGUGAUUCAGAGGUGGCCCAAUGCCAGCUGGGCAUGAAGUUCGGUUGCGACCCUACUUUCGAGGCGCCUAGUCUUCUGCGCCUGGCUAGACUACUGGAUAUCGACGUUGUCGGAAUCAGCUUCCACGUUGGUUCUGGCUGUCAAGACCCGCCGGUCUUCAACCGUGCUAUCUGUCACGCUAAGAAUCUCUUCGAUUUGGCCGUCGAUAUUGGAUUCAAACCCUACCUGCUCGAUCUUGGCGGUGGCUACCCGGGAAACAAGGGUAGUAGCAUUGAAAAAAUUGCUGAUGUCAUCAAUCACGCUCUAGAUGAGUACUUUCCAACUGACGAUGUGCACAUUAUCGCUGAGCCUGGAAGAUUCUACGUAGCUUCAGCUUUCACUCUCGCAACAGCUAUUCAUAGCAAGCGUUCCGUUCGUGCCGAUGGAAAUUCUCCUGGCAAUGUCACCCACACCAUGUACUACAUCAAUGACGGUGUUUACGGAUCUUUCAAUUGCUUGCUCUACGAUCACCAGCACGUGACGCCGAUACCACUGCGUCCUGGCCACGGCAAAAUGAUCCCCUCUAGUAUCUGGGGUCCGACUUGCGACGGUCUAGAUCAAGUUGUGGAGAAUGUACUGAUGCAUGAGAUGGAGCUCGGUGACUGGAUCAUCUUUGAGAACAUGGGCGCUUACACCCUACCUGUUGCUUCUCCAUUCAAUGGUUUUCCAAUUCCGAAAGUUCAUGUUGUCGCUGAUGAAAGCAUCUGGCUUUUGCUAAAAGAUGCUUUACCUUUGACUGAAGAACACUUUGUACUUGGUGACACUCCACAGAAUCUACGCCUUGGUUUAGAUAUUGGUGGUCAUACGGACGUCAACGCUUGGAACAAUCCAGCCAUGGAAUUGGCUUCUUCUGAAAUCAGUUCCGAGGAAGAGAUUUUGGUUGACUCCGCUAAUCCUCCAUCCUUUAUUUACGACUACGUAGAUGUUGAUCCGCUGAACUGAGAACGACGCACAAGAUGCAAAUUAAAGUCUCGCUAUGAUACGGGGAACACUUGGCCUUACAGGGUACUUUAUAAUAAUGUUAGUGCAUUUUUAAAUCAUAUUCACAUUGAUGAAUACAACAUUCCUUCUUUAUAGCAAACAGUAAAUGAUAUAAAUGUAUUAUAUGUAAUCUUCUGUAAGUAAGAGCCAGGUGUUCCUUUGUACAUAAGAGACUCUAUGAAUGUUACAAGAACAAGUACAACGCAGCUUUGACUAUGCGCCUGCAAAAAAAAACUAAAUUUUUGACUUUACUUUUAUUUGGAAACGAUAUACUAUAUACAUUAGAGUAUAUUGAUAAAUUUUUUAAAGUAGAGUAAAUAUUUACAACAUUACUAAUUUCAACAUCUACUUAUGUAGUAUCAGGAGAUAAUGAAAACUUGUAAGUUGUGAUCUGGAAGGUUAUUGCGGUAAUUUAAUAGACUGCAUACAAGUCUUAAGUAAUAUUGCUUCGAGAAGGCUCGAAAAUUUUAAACAAGUCAAUAACAUCUUCGAUCGCAAUAACAAGUUUCUAUCUGAGGAAACAUACUUGAAAGCAAGAAACAGUUUUAUAAGGCAAAGAUUGAAUAAUUCGUGUUUCGUAGUACUUAAUCGAAAAUUGAGUUAUAGUAUAUGAUCGUCGAUAACGAAAAGAAACGUAACAACAGUUGUAGCGCGAUCGUUGCUCUUUCUUCUCGUAUGCAUGCGUAUUCAAAUAAAUGUGAAAAAUCGUACGUAUAUUUCUAAUGUAGCGGUAUAUUAUGCCGACUUCGCGUAGUAAAGUGUCAUCGUUUAAAGUUUCAAGCAUUUAGCGCUUAAAAAUAAUGCAUGUGUCGUUCUAGACGAAUUUACAACUAUACGAGACACGUGUAAGCCGAGUUAACGAUUUCGUAAAUAUUUCUUUACUGCCUUUGCAUUUCUUUUAAGUCGUACGAUUAUAGUAAUCUUUUUUUUCUGACUAGGGUCAUCAUCGUGAUAUUGUCGCGACGUACAACCCAUAUUAUAAUACGCCGAAAAAGCGAUAUACUUUUUUAUGGAAGUCAAAUGGAAGCAUUGUACAAGGUUUUUGGAAGUUCAAAUGUUCUCUCUAUACAAAAAGAAGCAUAAUAUGUAUUUUGUAAGAAAAGCACUUGCUUGAAUACUAAUCAAGUUUGGAUGCAUUCAGUUUCUGUAUCAAGUAUACAAUAGGAGGAAAAAUCAUUUUUAAUAAAUUUAUAAGUUUCUUUUUUCCAAUUGGCAGGAAAAUUAGGAAGCGAGAAAAAAAUUUCAACUCUGUAGGUGUGCUAGGAACUUUUAAAAGGCAUUGAGGCAGCUGUCAUAGAAAACAAAAAAAAAGGAUAAUUAGGUUUCAUUAUUAUAAUUACCCUUAUGUAUUAUACUCAGCUAUUAAUUAUUAUUUUAAUUAUUAUUGUUGUUGUUAAUUAAUUAUCCGUGAGCUGUCACGUGUAAUAAACUACGGUAGAUCAAUAAAUUGUAUUUGCAGACGUACUAAAAAAAA